AUGACAUUGGCGGCGCUCAACGCUGACAAGCACCAGAUGCACCGCAAACCGAUUCGAUGCAUCGAAGACGAUGUCCACCGCCGACGGGCCAACGUCACUCGACAGCUUGCACGAGGCACCGCCGAUGCCGGAGAGCAGCAUGGCCGAGACGCGUGCGGCUUCUGGUCGCAAAAAUUGACCGGGGUGCGGUGGCUUCAAUCCGUCGGAUGGAAGCAAACACCCGCAUCACACACACACACACCGCGCAACGGUCAACGGACAACAGAGUCGGCAGCGUGGCGCAAAAGGUGGCGUCGGCACGCAUCCCCGGCAGCCACACCGAGCCUCGCACCGCGCCCAAAAUUGGUGCCGGCAGGAUCAAAGGGUCAGAGCGCCAAAACGUUGUGCCCAUCAGUCCACCCGGGCGCGAUCAUGCAAGGAGACGUCGGCUGCACGUUCGCUCGUCCAUUCGGCCCGACCUCAUCGCGCGCCACGCCAGGAGCACGCCCAAGCGCAGCAGGCGACGAUGCGGCGUGCAACCAGGUUGUCAUGGAUAUCAGCAUCGGUUGCUGCCAUUCGUUCAUCCCCAUGCCCACCCCUAACGCCGUGGUAGCAGCGGUUGCCACGCUUCAGAGCGGAGCUUCAAGGCAGAUUGCGGAGUUGCAACUCGCUUCGCCGCCACGAUCCUCGUUUACACGACGUUCGCUCUGGCCAAAGUGCCUGCGCCUCGCCGAAAUCGACACGCGUCGCUUGCCCCGCCUCGAUGCGCGUCGACGCGCAGCUGCAGCUGACGAGCAUACGCCGCUCUGCCUCUGUGCCGCUCCUCUCUCGACGCCCGCUUGGACUGCCAUCUCGCCUGUGCACCUCGACCGACUCGAUAGCUGGACCCGCUCGCGCACGCUGCCAUUUACGCGCUGGCUGCGUGCGUUUGUUUGGGGCGGGAUCGGCUCAGAGUGCCACUUUGUUGCCCCAACGCUUCCUGGACCCCCGCCACUUUUGGUGCUCCGCCAGCGCGGCUCCUGA